AUGUCGGAUGACAGCACGACUGCUCGCAAAACUGUUGUUGUAGGUCUGGAUUUCACCCAGACCGUUGUACAGCACGUCGCGUGCACACAGAGGGCUGAGCAAUUCCAGUGCGAUGAGACAAAACCAACCUGCGAGAACUGUGUCAAGUUCCGCAUCCCUUGCAGUUUCAACUCGAAUCCCUCGCCCCCUUCAGAUGUCUCCCCGCCGGCCAAGGACGUGCCUCGCCGACGAGGUCGGCCCCGGAAGGACUGGCUGGCAGCCGCCGCCCAAUCUUCUUCCGACGACCAUGGCCCGGGAAACAAGCCAGACCACGCAGCCGGAUCUCUCGGUACACCACCAGAACAGCCACCUCCCUACCUGAUCGGCGACCACAGCCUGAACAUCACCGACCUCCAGCUCCUCCACCACUACAUGCCCGACUGGAGGGGGCCCGUCGACCGGCUGCGCCUGCACAUCUGCUCGCUGAUGGACCCGGUCGGCUCGGACCCGCUGCUGAUCGACGUGUGCCGGGAGAGCCUGUCCGCCCUCGAGCAAAUCCGCCCGGCCUGCGAGGCGAUGUGGGGCAAGACGCCGGACGAGCCGCUGGAGAGGGACCAGGAGAGUUCUGUCUACGCCUGGCUGUACCGGCUGGGUAAUGAAUAUAUCCAGUGUCUGCAGAGGAAGGAGCAGAUUGCGCUGGUGGUGUUCGGGUACUUUGCCCUCCUGUUGAAGGAGCUCGAGGUCUUCUGGUUCAUGGAGGGGUGGGCGGAGCAUAUCAUCAUGGGGAUUGACCAGUUCCUGGACGAGGAGCACAGGACUUGGUUGGAGUGGCCCAAGGAACAGCUUGGGCUCACUGAGAUUACGAUUAAGAAGUAUAGGGAGUCCAUGGUGUUGACGUAG